CCUUUGCGCAAUUUAGCAAUUAUGCCAAUUAAUGCGCUGUUCAUCCUGUAAUAAUUAGAUCUGUCGAGUAACAUAAAUCUAUUUUGUAAGCUUCUUAGUGGAAUUGAAGGACAUAGAGCAGUUAUAGUUUAAUGAUUAAAGCAUAACCCGACGUUUCUCAUUGAUUUUAUAGUUCUACGUAUCUUGGCGACAAUUCUUCCGUUAUGUCAAGGAGGACUGAUGUUAUUAUAAUUGGUGGUGGAUUAAGUGGUUUAUCUGCUGCAAAAUGGCUUCAUCAAUCGGAUAUAGCUGUCUUAGUAUUAGAAGCAAGAGAUCGUGUCGGUGGAAGAACUUUAACUAAAAAAAGUCCAGAUGUUGGUUACGUGGAUUUAGGAGGAUCAUACGUUGGCCCCACGCAAGAUCAUCUCUUUAGGUUAACAAAGGAAUUGUGUAUCGAUAAUUAUAAAAUAGAAGAGAACGAAGAUGUUGUAUAUUUUUCUCAAGGGAAGAGAUAUCUUCACAAAACCACUGGUUCUAUACCAUUUAGAAAUCCUUUUGUCCAUUUAGACAUUAAUAAUUUUACCAGGACUAUUGAUGAAAUGGGAAAAGAGGUUCCAGCAGAUGAACCGUGGAAGGCACCUCAUGCUGAAGAAUGGGAUACGAUGACUUACCAAACCUUUAUGGAUGAAACGUGUUAUACAGAACAAUGCCGGGCAGUAGCGAAAGCUUGUAUCGAAGAACCAUUAGCUUCCUCACCUUACGAAAGUUCAUUUUUAUGGAUGUUAUGGUUCACUAAAUUAUGCCAAGGAAUGAAAUCAAUGAUGAGUGUUACGAACGGAGGACAAGAACGAAAAUUUAUCGGUGGAAGUCAACAAAUAAGUGAACGUAUUGCAGAGCGUUUAGGGAAUUGCGUGUUGUUAAAUUCACCUGUCGUUGAAAUUACUCAAUCAGAAAAAGAAGUUACUGUAAAAACUCUGAAUGGAAAGACUUAUGAUGCAAAUUAUAUAAUUAUGGCAAUACCUCUACCGUUACAAAUGAAAAUACACUACAAUCCUCCUCUUUCCGCUCAUAGAAAUCAAUUAAUUCAAAGAUGCCCUAUGGGUUCAGUAAUGAAAUGCAUUUUAUACUAUCAAACUGAAUUCUGGAAAAAGCAUGGUUUCUGUGGUACAUCAUUAAUAGACGUUGACGAUGAAAAUCCUAUAUCUUCCACAUAUAAUGAUACCAAACCAGAUGGAAGUUAUCCUGCUAUUGUUGGAUUUGUCUUGGCUGAUCAAGUACGUAAAGUAGCACAUCUUACUCAAGAAGAAAGGAAAGAUAUAUUCAGAAAAUGCUUAUGUAAUGUCUUCGGACUAGAGGAAUUUUUAAAGCCAAUUCAUUAUGAAGAAUAUAAUUGGAUGUCAGAACAAUUUUCUGGUGGAUGUUUUACAGCCAUGUUUCCUCCUGGAUUUUUAACCAGAUAUGGAGAAUUUUUAAGAAAACCCGUAGGAAAAAUGUAUUUUGCUGGAACCGAAACAGCUACCACCUGGACAGGAUACAUGGAGGGUGCAAUAGAAGCGGGAGAAAGAGCAGCUAGAGAAGUGAUGCACGAUAUGGGAAUGCUAAAAAAGGAAGAAAUAUGGAGAAAAGAACCACCUACUAACGGCAUUGAGCUUGAUCCUUCGAGAACUACGUGGUUGGAAAGGAACAUGCCACCAAUUAAAACAAUUGUUUAUUUUUUGAAAAUUAUUUUAAUUCAAGUACUUAUCAUUGUGGUUUCCUUGUUGUUAACAAAUCUUAUUUGACUUUCUUAAAAAAA